GCACAGGAAUUCAGGCCAUUGACGUACUCACAGAAAUAGCUCCAAACUGGAUUCGGCAAACCUGGCGUCGUGUUCCUUAGUCAUGCGCGUCGUCCACGUCGUAGCCUUGGUAGUAUACGCUGUCGCUGCGUGUCAUGUCGCACGCGCUGCUCGCAGGAGCGUGUACGCCGACAGCAGUAGCAGCAACGUCCACUUCGUGUCGCCAGAUGAGGCAAGAGAGCUUCGCGAGGAGGUCCGGGCCAUGUUCUAUCAUGGCUAUAACGGGUACAUGCGGCAUGCCUUCCCUCUGGAUGAGCUUCGCCCUCGCUCGUGCAAAGGAGAGGAUUCUCUGGGUGGCUACACCCUCACACUGAUUGACUCCCUGGAUAGCCUGGCACUGCUUGGCAACAAGACUGAAUUCGCCUCAGCUGUCAGAUGGCUAUCGUCACACCUCAAUUUCGACAAGAACAAGACCGUAUCUCUGUUUGAGACGAACAUUCGAGUCAUGGGUGGACUGCUUUCAGCACAUCUCAUUGCAUCCGACCCUGCACUGGGCAUGCAGGUGCCUGGCUAUGACAACGAGUUGCUGAGGCUAGCAGAGGACCUUGGCAGGCGGCUAUUGCCAGCAUUCGACACGCCUACAGGCAUUCCCUUUGGCUCUGUCAAUCUGCGUCAUGGCGUUCUGCGAGGGGAGAGCAAGGUGACAGCAACAGCAGGUGGCGGCACACUAGCACUGGAGUUUGGAGUGCUCAGUCGACUCACAGGCGAUCCAGUGUUUGAGGACGUGGCUCGGAACGCUAUGCGUGCACUAUGGGCCCGGCGCUCGUCCCUCGGUCUGCUAGGAGCGCACAUAGACAUCUUCACGGGGGAGUGGACGCACAAGGAUGCCGGAGUGGGCACCAGCAUCGAUUCCUUCUAUGAGUAUCUUAUCAAGGCACACAUUCUGUUUGGCGACUUUGAGUAUUUGCAUAUCUUCCAGGCAGCCUAUGAUGCUGUUAUGACACACAUAUUCCACGACCCAUGGUACGUGGAGGUCAACAUGGACGUGGCAGUGGUAGUGUGGCCUCUCUUCAACUCCCUCCAGGCCUUCUGGCCAGGGCUGCAGGUUAUGAUAGGCGACAUUGACAGAGCAGCCCGCUCCCAUAGGGCCUUCUUCUCCGUGUGGCGGCGAUAUGGGUUCACCCCAGAGGGUUUCAACCUGGCUCAGUCCGCGGUGCAGCCAGGCCAGAGCUCGUAUCCUCUAAGGCCAGAGCUGGCUGAGAGCACGUACUGGCUGUUCAAGGCCACUAGGGACCCCUUCUACCUGUCAGUCGGGAGGGACAUGGUUGCCAGCCUGGCGCUGACGCGCUGCCGGUGUGGCUACUGCCAUGUCAGCGAUGUGGAGACGCAUGCGCUGGACGACCACAUGGAGAGCUUCUUCCUCUCGGAAACUGUGAAGUACCUGUUCCUGCUCUUUGACUCGGCCUUGGGUGGCGACAACAUAAUGGACAACGGCCCAUACCAGUACGUUUUAACCACGGAGGGCCAUCUGCUCCCCUUAACUCCUGAGAUCUCAUUCCCCUCGGAGCACUGCUCCUACCUCAACAGCUUCUGCGCACCACCGCAAGCCAGCAGUUGCCGCAUUCAAGGGGAGGUUACUGCUGGGGAGGGUGGGAUGGGGGAAGGGGGAGGCGCGACUGGGGAAGGGAGUGACUGGGUGGAAGAGAUAGAGGGGGAUGAGGAGGGAGAGUGGGAGGAUAAGACCAGGGAGACGGGAGAGACGGGAGAGACGGGAGAGACGGGAGAGACGGGAGAGGCGAGUAAGGGAGGGGGUGCGAGGGAGGAGAGGGGCAGCACUGGUGGUGCAGCAGCCAUGGGAUCUGAGUCGACUCAAAAGGCAGCAGCCAUGGGUCAUGGUGCUAAGUCCAUGAGUCAUGAGGGAAUGGAGGAGGGAGUGGGAGGAGAUAGAGAGGAGUUGGAGGCGGUGGACCCGAAUGUGGAGGUAGUGGCAAAAGGGAAGUCAUGGGUGCUGACUCGUGAGAAAGGGAAUAAAAAGCCCUCAGAACCACUCUCGACUGCUGAUCCACACUCAAGCAGCAGCAGCAGCAGCAGCAGCAGCAGCAGCAGCAGUUGUCGUGUUAGCAGAGGCGGGGAUAUGACUGCGGAAGAUGAGGAUGACGAGGAGGAGGAAGAGGAGGAGGUGGUGGAAGAGGAGGAGGAUGAGGAGGAGGAGGAAGGCGAGGAUAGGGAGGGAUUUAGGGGAAGGCGGCAUGGGAAGAGGAGAGAUCUACAAGACAUGUCAGAACAGUUUGAUACAUACAGAGAUCUACAGGGAUUCUGUCAAGGUAUAUCCUUGUGGAGAAGGCUAGGUAUUCCAGGACUCUGAUUUUUUACUAGGUAUGCAUUAUGUUGGCAUUUGCAGGUACUGUAUCUAUCCUCGUUGUAAUGGCGAUGUGUGUUUGUUGUGUGUGUGAUGGGUGAGCAUAUUUUGUUAGUAUAACAACGAUGACUCCUUUCGUAAAUUGGAUAAUUUUACUCGCCGUGCUCAUGUGUGUCGAUUACCAUUUUCAUGGAG